GUAUUACCAGUGCGGUGUGUACAGUGUAUGAGAGGCUGUGUAUUACCUGUCCGGUGUGUGUUAGUUUCUAGUCGGUCUCUUCCUCUUCCUGGUAUCGGUGUCACCGCUAUUUCUGUCCGGUUAUGUGCAGCGGAGCCGCAGUGUCGGUGGGGGCCGUGUGCAGGAGGGGGUGAGCGGCCUCGGGCACUGCCUAUACAGCCGCGUGUCCUCGCCCUCGGCUCAGCCCCGGGGACUGACUCCCCGAGCGGCGAGAGAGAGGAGCGGCUGAUGGCGGGGCUGUGCCGCGCGGCCCGAGGCUGCACUCGGCGUCUGGGGAACUUGACAGAGAAGUUUCUCAUUCCAUUAUCAUGGACUGGAUUUGUUCGAUUGAAAUUUACUAAGUCGCGUAUUCCAGAAAAGAUGUUUGAAGUGCAUCCCUCAGAUCAUGAAAAAUAUGGUGGUGACCCAGAGCAACCACAUCAACUGCACAUCAUUACAAGAAUAAAAAGUGGGAAGCGUCGUCCAUACUGGGAAAAAAAGAUUGUUCAUGACCUUGGAUUAGGCAAGUCAAAUCAACCACGGAUUCAUAAGAACAUUCCAUCAGUUAACCAAAAGCUAAAAAUUAUUAAGCAUCUUAUAAGCAUACAACCCCUGAAAUUACCACAGGGGCUUCCGACAGAGGAGAAACUAGCAGCUACUUAUCUGAACAGCAAAGGGGAAUUGAUUAUAAGACAGCAACUGCUGCCACUCGAGGAAAAAACAAUUGAAUCAUAGCUGCGGUUCGAGUCCGGCUCUUGUAACUUUGAAAUAAAAAUUUCACUUUGUGCUAUUUUC